AUCGAUUUUUAUUCAUUUCAGGAAACGUGUGAUCUCUUGGCAGAUAAAUACAUUGAGUACGAUCCAGCAAUAAUUUUAGUUGACUUAAUAUUGCUUAAAAGACAAGCAUACAGACAUUUACUUUAUAACUGUGAUAUAACGUCUUGUUGGAAAUUAGUAAUAAUCUUGUGGCUUAUUGAAUCUUUCCGAAAUUUCUUUCUAUGUAACAAUAGCAAUCAAUAUAUUCAAUAUUGGAAGAUAUUUCAAUCUAAUGUUAAUGGAGAAUGUAAUCUCUAUUUAAUAUUAUUCAAUACUGCUUUUGCUCUUGCGACUUUCGCCUUUACCAUAAUUUUCUGUACUAAAGUGAAAUGGCAUCUUUAUCCGAAUAAUCCAAACAAAUGUAGUGUAAUACAGUUAAUGAAAGCUUUAAUCAUCGGUGGAUCUGGAAAAUUAUUAGGAUUAUUGGAAAUUACUUGGGGACAUAUUUUUUUGACACCCCAUUACUUGCUUAUAUUGGGAUAUACUCUUCUUUGUUUACUCGCAGCCUAUUCAGUGGCGACUAAUAACAAAAAAUUGGAGUCCUUAAUAAUUUUGGGAAUAGGCAUACUUGUUUACAACUAUGCAUCUAAUUUUUCCUUCACAAUAUUUGAAAUUUUAAAAUUAGUUUAAUCAUUUAUUUUCAAUCGAAUU